GCAACACAUACUUGUAUUCACACAUCUCUUCCCAUAGACUCUCUCACAUCGGUUUAGAAGCGAGAAAAUGGAUUCAAUCAGCGAUUCAUUACUUCUGGAGAGCUCUCCAUUCCAUAACCCGGUGCUCACUAUCGGUGACCAAAAUCGCAAACAAAAGGUCUAUGAAUUGCUGAAGGAAUAUGUCUUAACUGUUCCCAAAUUGAGACGAAUUAUGGCUAUGUUUGAGGAGGAGAUGAGACUGGGAUUAGAGACCAAACCCAGUCGUCCGUCGGUUUUCUAUAUGUGUAACACAUUUGUGACCGACUGUCCCGACGGUACCGAAGAGGGCGAUGUAUUGUCAAUGGAUUUGGGAAGUACUAACUUAAGACUAUUGUUAACCCGAUUAAAGCCGGGAAAGGAGCCCGAGUUUAGUGUUAAACACUAUGAUAUAAAUACAGAACACAGACGCGGCAAACCUGAGAAAUUAUUUGAUUAUCUGGCCGUUUGUAUUGAGGAUUUUGUUAACACAAACCCAGACAUCGGUGGUAAGCGUCUGCCCUUCGGAAUGACCUUUUCCUUCGGUUACGAUCAGACGGCUCUAAACGUUGGGAUUAUAAAGCAGUUCGGAAUCGACACCGAUUUGCCCGAAGCUAUUGGUAAAGACGCCGUCAAGUAUUUACAGGACGCCAUCGACCGAAAGGGUCUCAAAGUGGAUGUACUGUCUGUUUCUAACGACACAACGGCCACAUUGGCGUACGGCAUGUAUCUAAAGCCCGAUACAUAUAUUGGUUUCAUAUUAGGUUCGGGUACUAAUACUUGUUAUCUCGAAAACGUGGACCGAAUUGAAAAGAUUGAUCCGUUGAAGACAUUUGGCACCAAAACUGAGAGCGUUAUACUGAACCUCGAAAACGGAUUUUUAGGAGACAACGGAUCCAUCGAUUUUGUCAAAACUAAAUGGGAUUUAGAAAUAGACAACGAAUCACUGUUUCCUCAUAAUUACGGUUUCGAGAAACUACUCGGUGGUGUAUGGAUUGGAGAUCUUGUCCGUCGGUCUCUGUUAUCAUUAUCAGAAAACCAUGUAUUUCUUGGGGGAGUCAUAAGGAAUGAAUUGAAAGAAAAAGACUCUAUUAAAGGCCCAGACGUGUCAUUAAUAGAGAGCGACAAAACUGAUGGUUCAGUCAUAGCAUUGUUGCAGAGAUUGGGAUAUUCUUCACAACAGAUAACCAAAGAUGACAUUGAGAUCGUUAGAUAUGUCUGCGCUCUGAUCGGUGUCCGUAACGCACAGUUAGCCGCCGCCAAUCUCUCAGCGGUUGUCCAACGCAUUGAUAAACCAAUGGUUAGAAUAGCGAUUGACGGCUCGCUAUAUAAAAAACACCCUAAACUUCAUAAAUUGAUGACUGAUUUCAUCGGCGAAUUGAUUCCCAACAGAAAGUUUGAGUUAUUCUUAGCCGAAGACGGAAGCGGUAAGGGAUCCGCGUUUAUCGCAGCCGUCGCCGCAAAACAUCGUCAAAAGUCUUGA